AUGAAGACUACUUCUUUCGUUCGAGCGGCUUCGCUGCUAUCCUCUCUUUUUGCUCCUCUCGCUCUUGCGCAGGAGAAGUUUACCCACGAAGGCACAGGAAUUGAGUUCUGGCGUCAGGUAGUCAGUGACGCUCAGACCCCAGGUGGUUUUGAGUGGGGUUGGGUAUUGCCCGGAGAGCCCACUGGCGCCAACGACGAAUACAUCGGUUACAUUAAAGGUUCGCUCGAGGCGAACAGGCAGGGAUGGUCCGGUGUCAGCCACGCUGGUGGCAUGCCCAACUCCCUUCUGCUCGUUGCAUGGCCGGAAACUGAUGCCGUCAAGACCAAAUUUGUCUGGGCACCCGGCUACGUUACUCCUGACGACUACACUGGCAACGCGUCUUUGAGCCAGAUCUUCCACUCAGUCACAGACACACACUUCGAGAUCGUCUACCGAUGCCAGCACUGCUGGGUCUGGAAUCAGGGCGGCGCUGAAGGUGCUCAACUACCGACUACCGAAGUAAAUGUUGUUGGCUGGGCCCAGCACGACAAGGUCUACGACGGCACAUGGGUCUUCCACAACAAGGGGCAGUCUCAAUUCGGUGCCCCCACAGCGGAUGCGAGGAACGCGAAGUACUCCGACUACCUCAAGUUGGUCGGUGGCCAGCCCUCUGGUGCACCUACACCAACUCUGUCCGGCCAACCAUCGGCCACACCUACUCCAACUACGCCAGUGAAGUGCGCCGGAUCGCCUGCCCCUUCAGGCUCAUUCGACUACAUCGUCAUUGGCGGAGGCGCUGGAGGUAUUCCCGUGGCAGACAAGCUUUCCGAAUCUGGCAAGAGCGUUCUCAUGCUCGAGAAGGGCCCGCCAUCUCUCGCUCGUUUUGGAGGCAAGAUGGGUCCUGAUUGGGCUACCAGCAACAACUUGACCCGUUUCGACAUCCCCGGUCUCUGCAAUCAGAUCUGGGUCGACUCCGCUGGUGUUGCUUGCAACGAUAUCGACCAAAUGGCUGGUUGUGUUCUUGGUGGUGGUGCUGCCGUCAAUGCUGCGCUCUGGUGGAAGCCGGUUGACAUCGAUUUUGACUACCAAUUCCCCGCUGGCUGGAAGUCAGCUGACGUGAAGGGCGCAAUUGACCGUGUGUUCAAGCGUAUCCCUGGUACCGAUACUCCUUCCGUGGACGGCAAGCGUUACAAGCAGGAGGGCUUUGAUGUCUUGUCCGGUGCGCUUGGUGCAGAUGGCUGGAAGAGCGUCGUUGCAAACGACCAACAGAACCAGAAGAACCGCACAUACUCUCACUCUCCGUUCAUGUACGACAACGGUCAGAGGCAGGGUCCUCUCGGUACUUACAUGGUCUCUGCGCUGGAGAGGAAGAACUUUAAGCUCUGGACGAACACCAUGGCCCGACGUAUCGUCCGUACUGGCGGAACGGCUACCGGUGUCGAGCUUGAGAGCGGUGUUGGUGGUACUGGUUACUGCGGUACUGUCAACCUCAACCCUGGAGGCCGUGUCAUUGUUUCUGGUGGCGCUUUCGGAUCCUCAAAGGUUCUCUUCCGCAGCGGCAUCGGACCAAAGGAUCAGCUGAACGUCGUGAAGAACAGCGCUGCCGAUGGCUCGACAAUGAUUGGAGAGUCUGACUGGAUCAACCUUCCCGUCGGUCAGAACUUGAACGACCACGUCAACACCGACCUUGUCAUCAAGCACCCCAACAUCUCUUUCUACGACUUUUACAAGGCGUGGGAUGCUCCCAUCGAGGCUGACAAAAACUUGUACCUUGGCAAGCGCUCUGGUAUCCUUGCCCAGUCUGCACCCAACAUUGGUCCCCUUGCUUGGGAAGUGAUCACUGGAAGCGAUGGCAUUGACCGAUCGAUCCAGUGGACUGCUCGUGUUGAAGGCCCCGGCGCCAACGACACUCACCACCUCACCAUCAGCCAGUACCUCGGUCACGGCUCUACUUCGCGUGGUGCGCUUUCCAUCAACGGUGCUCUCAACGUCUAUGUCAGCAAAGCACCUUACCUGCAGAACGAGGCCGACACCGGUGUUGUCGUCGCAGGUAUCAAGAGCAUGAUGAAGGCCAUCAAGAAGAACCCAGCGAUCGAGUUCCAAGUACCACCUGCCAACAUGACAGUUGAGGCAUAUGUUGCCAGCCUUCCCAAGACGCCAGCUGCCCGUCGCGCCAACCACUGGAUUGGCACAGCGAAGAUUGGAACCGACAGCGGUCUUACUGGUGGAACAGCCGUUGUGGAUCUGAACACUCAAGUGUACGGAACGCAGAACAUCCACGUAGUCGACGCUUCUCUCUUCCCUGGUCACAUCUUUACCAACCCUACAUCCUACAUCGUUGUGCUCGCAGAACAUGCCGCUGCUAAGAUUCUCGCACUUGGUGCGAGCAGUGGAGGUGGUAAGCCUUCGUCCGCUCAGUCAUCUGCAGCCUCCGUUAAGCCGGUCACCACAUCGAAGGCGCCGAUUAAGUCGUCAACUGUGCCCGUGAAGCCGUCAUCGACACCAGUAAAGUCCUCGGCUAAGCCCACUACUAUCAAGACAUCAGCAGCACCAACGCCUACUCCUACCAAGGUGGCGAAGGCUUGGGAACAAUGUGGCGGUAAAGGCUACACCGGCCCAACGGCUUGUGUCAGUGGGUACAAGUGCGCAGUGAACAAUGACUACUUCUCUCAGUGCAUCCCUAACUAA